AUUCAACCACUUCAAGAGCUCAUAUCACCAGGCCUCAUCGAGUAGAACGCCUCAGUACCUCAGAUACAUAAGAUCAUAAUGCCGCCCAAACGUGUCCAAAAGGAAGACUCGCGCGCAACAAACGGCUUCAGCGCCCAUGCCGAUAAAGGUGCCGCAGACGAUAUGCCCAGAGAAGCACGGGCGAAACGCGGCGCACACUAUAGAGAGUACCAGGAAGACGCGAAUGGGACCCUCAUUCCACUGUUCGAAGUCGAUUCGCUGGACCAUGCUGCCUUGCACAAGUAUCGCAAAGUACACCACCUUACACUACCCCGUCACCUCGAUUCAUCUGCUGGACCAGUCGCUGGAAGCGGAACAGCAUCGCCUACAGCUGCAGCAUCAGCCAUGAACUCCUCAGAUGCGAUGCUUCCUGCCUCUGCAGCGGGGUCGGCAUCACUGAGCAUGCUGCCAAACCGGUAUACACGCGUCGAAAAGGAAGAAGCGCUUCUCUCGGCCGUCAAGCGACACUGGCAGUCCCAACAAAUCAAGGAGAAUGAUGCGAUUGUCAGUUUUCUGUACAGCGCACAGAAUCAAGAUCGAUCUUUCAAGAUGCGCUUCAAUACGGGAUAGCCUUUGUCUACGUUUCCACAGCACGCAUCAGUCAUCAUAUGACGGCCGUUCGGAACGGCGAUGGCAGGUUCGGUGCAUUCGUUGAGGCCUUAAAGUGCAUGAACGAUGUACUGUCAUCGUCACGAGAGCGGCAUAAGUGCCGUACCUCUGCGUCCAGCACGGCCCACUCUAUCGAUCCGAUGAAUAUAGCUUUCAGUCUUCCGAA